AUGCUAUCAUCAGUGAGGUCAAGCACCGGAAGACAGCUCAGCUGUAGAGCUUUAGUGUCGCUGAGACAAUCAUGUUUUAUUUCAUCUCAAAGUAUUCCAAAGUCAGAGGGACCAUUGAGUGAUACCUCGAUCACUACAUCGCAACAGACAUCACCGCUCGUCAUUGACUCCAAAUACGAUGGAAAUAAUAGUUUGACUCAAGCACCCAAUAAAGCGGAUGUGUGGUCAAAGAGCCAGAACCCUCGAUCUGUAGCAAUGUCGGGGCCUAGAUUUGAACAGACCAUAUUUGAGCUACAACCAGCGCCUCAUUCAGCUAUGGAAUUAAUUCACAAACAACCUGUGCGAUGGUCACACGAACGAGUUGUAGUCUGUGAUGGUGGUGGUGGUCCUUUAGGCCAUCCCAGGACCUUUAUCAACAUCGAUAAGCCCCAAGUCUGCGUAUGCGAGUACUGCGGCUUGCCAUUUGCAAACGAGCAUCACAGAAAACAGAUCGAAGCGCUCCCCAGCACACCAUAUCCUUUAUCUUAA